AAUUGACAAUCGACAAUCGACAAUCCCAGCUUUGUUUAUUAAACAAAAAAUUACUUGAAAUACUUUAACAAUUUUCUUCUAUUAUUUAAAUAAAAUUAAUUUGAAAUAUUUCCCGCGGAAAUUAAAAAAAUUUUUUCAAAAAUGAAAUUUUCCUGGGCGUGAAAAAUCUGUCAAGAUGAUUGAAAAUCUCAACAAAUAAAUAAUUAUUAUAUUAUUUAUUUAUCUAAUUAAUUAAAAAUUUAAAAAAAAAAGUAAAAAUGGAAAAACGAGGAAGCGCUGAAUUGUUGGCUGAUAAUUCAAAACAUGCGAGCUCAGAUUCAUUAAAUUCCAGUAAAAGCAGUUCACUUAAUUCUAAAAUGGGCCAUGAAUCCGAGAGUUGGGAAAAAGCUUCGCACUCUAAAAGCUUCUCUACAAGCUCAACUUCUACUGAUAACAAUAUUGUUUCUGCUCUUGAAACUAAAAAAGACGACAGAGUUAGUCCGAAUCUUUCAACCGACACCGGGCCACCUCUUCUCAACGGCGAGCGCCGACAAGGAGUCGCCCGGGAAGUAACUUACCUCUGCCCCUACUCCGGGCCCUCUCGAGGUGUCCUCAGCGUAACCAACUAUAAACUCCACUUCCGUUCUAGCGACCGCGAAACCCCUUACAUCGUCGAAGUUCCCCUCGGCGUGAUUUCCCGGAUCGAAAAAGUAGGUGGCGCGUCUUCCCGCGGGGAAAAUUCAUACGGAAUUGAAGUAUUCUGCAAAGAUAUGCGUAACCUCCGAUUCGCCCACAAACAGGAAAACCAUUCCCGGCGUGACGUCUUCGAAAAACUUCACCAAUACUCAUUUCCCCUGUCCCACAAGCUUCCCCUCUUUGCCUUCGAGUACUCGGAAAACUUCCCCGAGAACGGUUGGUCCGUCUACGAACCAAUUGCGGAACUAAAGCGCAUGGGAGUAAACAACGACAUGUGGAAAAUAACUAAAAUAAACGACAGUUACGCCAUCUGUGACUCGUACCCCGCAAUCUGGGCUGUCCCGACAGCAGCAACCGACGAAGACCUCCAAGCAUCUGCGGCGUUUCGUUCCCGUGGUCGGCUCCCUGUUCUCUCCUGGAUCCACCCCGAGUCCCAGGCGACGAUAACUCGUUGCGCCCAACCCCUGGUUGGAGUUUCUGGGAAGCGUAGCCGCGAAGACGAACGCUACGUCCAACUGAUAAUGGACGCCAAUGCCCAGUCCCACAAAUUGUUUAUAAUGGACGCACGACCAAUGGCCAAUGCCAUUGCGAACAAGGCCAAGGGUGGAGGCUACGAAGCAGAGGACACCUAUCAGAAUGCAGAAUUGGUCUUCCUGGACAUCCACAACAUCCACGUAAUGCGCGAAAGUAUGCGGAAGCUAACAGAAUUGUGCUUUCCCACAAUUGACGAGGCCCGUUGGCUCUCGGGAAUUGAGUCGACCAUGUGGCUAAAGCACAUCAAGUGCAUCCUUACCGGUGCAGUGAGGAUUGUCGAUAAGGUAGAGAGCCACAAGACCUCUGUUCUAGUUCACUGUUCCGAUGGUUGGGACCGCACAGUCCAACUCACCGCGCUGGCCAUGUUGUUGCUAGAUCCUUACUACCGAACGAUAAAGGGCUUCGAGGUGUUGAUUGAAAAGGAAUGGCUGUCAUUUGGCCACAAGUUUUCACAGAGAAUCGGCCACGGGGAUGAGCACCACAGUGACGCGGACAGAAGCCCGGUUUUCCUCCAGUUUAUCGACUGCGUCUGGCAAAUAACCCAGCAGUUCCCUAACGCGUUUCAGUUCAAUGAAUACUUUUUGAUCACUAUCUUGGACCACUUGUACAGCUGCAGGUUUGGGACAUUCUUGUUCAGCAGCGAGAGGGAAAGAGUUGCAGAAGGAGUCAAGCAGAGAACGGUAUCCCUGUGGUCGAUGAUCAAUUCGCAGCUGGCGACAUACAUGAACCCGUUGUAUUGGGCGCCAGGUUAUCAGACGGUUCUACUUCCGGUGGCGAGCAUGAGGUACGUGAAGCUUUGGAAGGGACUUUACUGCAGAUGGAACCCGAGUAUGAGGCAGCAGGACCCGGUUUAUCAGAGGACGAGGGAGUUGUUGGUACAGAAGGAACAGUUGGAAAAACAGGUCGAGGAGUGUAGGAAAGAAUUGAAUGUAAGGGCGACGAGGAACCAGAGGAUUCAGGUUCAUACGUGAUGUAAUUAAUGUUUAAAUAAAGAUUUGAGGUUGAGUAA